AUGAAUGAGGAAGUACACAAUCGUGCUUUACUCUUGAUCGAAGAUAUCUGUUACCUCAUGUGCGGUAAUUUAUUAAUCAGGUUAGGCAUGCCAGCACCAUGUCGUGAAAUGAAUGACACAUUUAAUCGAGAAUUGGAACGGGAACGUGAAUAUGACCACCAGGAAUUAGAUUUAGUAGUUCAAACAAAUGUUCCCCUGUUGAAUUGCCAACAAAAGGAAGUUUAUGAUACUUUAAUGAAGGCAAUCGAUGAUGAAAAUGGUGGUUUAUAUUUUCUAGAUGCUCCUGGUGGAACUGGCAAGACAUUCCUCAUGUCAUUAGUUUUAGCAAGUGUUCGGGCGAGAUCAAACAUAGCGGUUGCAGUUGCUUCUUCUGGAAUAGCAGCCACAUUGUUAGAAGGAUGCCGUACGGCUCAUUCUGCAUUCAAAUUACCGUUAAAUCUUCAAACUAUUGAAGAACCAACGUGUAAUAUUGCAAAACACUCAGCAAUGGCCAAAGUUUUAGCGGUAUCGAAAAUCAUCAUCUGGGACGAAUGCACAAUGGCGCAUAAACGUGCAUUAGAAGCACUUAACCGAACAUUAAAAGAUUUACGCAAUGACUCAAGAUGUUUCGGAGGAGCAAUGAUUUUACUGUCUGGCGAUUUCCGCCAAAUACUGCCAGUAAUUCCAAGAUCUACAGCUGCCGACGAAAUAAACGCUUGCCUCAAAUCGUCAAAUCUAUGGCGCUAUGUGAAGAAACUGCAACUGACAACAAACAUGAGAGUUACAUUGCUUAAUGAUACAUCUGCUGAAGUUUUCUCGAAGCAAUUGCUGAGUAUCGGUAAUGGUCAAGUACCUGUCGAUGAAUCGAGCGGAUUAAUAUCAUUUCCAAACAAUUUUUGUAAUUUUGUCUCAUCAAAAGACGAACUUAUCAACAAUGUAUUUCCAGAAAUUGUUUCUAAUAGCAAAAAUAAUGAAUGGUUGAGUGAGCGGGCAAUUUUAGCAGCAAAGAAUAAAGAUGUAGAUGACCUAAACCACAUAAUUCAAAAUAAAAUAAUUGGAACAAUGCUUUCAUUCAAAUCUAUUGAUUGCGUCACAAAUGAAGAUGAAGCCACCAACUAUCCAAUUGAAUUUUUAAAUUCUUUGGACGUGCCUGGCUUACCACCGCACAAUUUACUCCUAAAGGUUGGCUCCGUAGUAAUAAUGCUUAGGAACAUAAACCAACCAAAACUGUGCAACGGUACGCGUUGGUGGUUACAAAAUUGA